AUGACAGAAGAACAGCUGGAAGACCUGACCUGGAAAAAGUUCAAGGCCAAAUUGUUUGAAAAAUACAUACCAGAGUGCUACAGGCAGGAAAAGCAGAAUGAAUUCUUGAAUCUGAGGCAGAGAAACAUGACAGUCACAGAGUAUGACCGGGCCUUCAAUCAACUAUUUCGAUAUGCUCCACAUCUGGUGGAUACAGAUGAAAAACGAGCAAAAAAGUUUCGCAAUGGGUUGCACUAUGAAAUCUCUAUAUCUCUUGCUAGUCAAGGAGGACUCACUUAUGCCCAAACUCUGAAUAGGGCACUCACCAUUGAAUCAUUGUUGCCUAAAGAAAAAGUAAAAACCCCUGCUCAGUUUGUUCAUCCACAACAGUUUGGCCAAACAUCUCACUCAGAUAUGGAAAAAGGGAAGAGAAAUUGGAAUGAAGGAGGAAACUACGGACAUGGAAAGAAGCCAUGGACUGGGCACUACGCCAACACCUGUCCCAAGAAGAAUAGGGGGGCCCCACAGCAGUACAAUCAAGGCUACCAACAGAGAAACUUUGGAAACCCACCGAGAAACCCGGGAAACCCGUUACGGAACCCAGUUAAUCAGCCAAGACAAAACCAGGGUCCAAGAGGAAAUCAGAGGCCACCACAAAAUGUGAGGGUUUACGCCCUUAAUCAGCAGCAAGCAGCACAAGAGCAAGGGAAUCUAACAAGUAUGAUAAGCAUACUUGAAACACCUAUUAUGGCUUUGUUUGAUACGGGAGCAUCCCACUCCUUUAUUGCAUAUACUACUUGUAAAAUAUUGAAUCUGGUCCCGGAAUUAUCUAAAAAGUCUUUGAAGAUUACUACCCCUGGAGGCGGGAGAAUGACAACUAAGCACGUCAUUUCAAAUCUAGAACUGGACAUAGUAACUGAAAAACUUAAGGCGGAUUUGUAUGUCAUCUCUAUGAUAGAGUUUGACAUCAUCCUAGGAAUGGACUGGUUCACUAGAACUGGUGCUACAAUCCGUUGCAACGAAAGAAAAAUCUCUUUUCAAACACCAGAAAAAGGCGAAUCAGAUUUUCAUGGGAUUAAGAUAGGGCUGCCCGGAGAGAAGAGAAGACGAUUGAUGAAGUUCCAAUUGUUCGGGAUUAUCCAGAUGUCUUUUCAGAAGUGCUACCUGUCUUACCACCAAAUUGACGAUUAG